ACACUUAAAUGUGAUUAUCGCGAAGAUAACCAGAAACCGAGGCGGUGUAGGCAACUGUGAGCCUCCAAAAACGCGUUGUUGUGUGAAGUGGGGAGGCGCCAAAAAAAGCGCAGAAGAUGCAGCAAACCAAGUGAUGCUUGGACAACGAAGUUGACCUAGAAUCAUUCUGGACUAGCUGACGAUUAGCUGUGGAGAUGGAAUAAUAAAAGAAAGCCUGGCGACGCGCACAACGCACCCACACAUACGCUAGCAACUCGGGCACACACACGCGUAUAUCGAUAUAUUUGCGCCACCAAGCCAGAGCAAGCAAAACAACGGGGAGGGCGCGCAAAAGAAAACAAGUACUUGCCAAGGCCACAGGAUACAGGACAUCAGCAUCGGCGAGAUGGGUGAAGUGAAAUCGGUAAAGGUGGACAACUGGGGCGUCUUCUUCCUGCAGAAGCUGCAGAACUUCUUCAACAAGACGGACUACUGCGAUCUGACGCUCCAGUUUCGCGACAACUCACAGCUAAAGGUGCACCGCCUGGUGCUCAGCGCCUGCACGGACUACUUCAAUGUGCUGGAGCAGACGUGCGAGAUCGUCGACGAUGCCCUCAUCAUGCCCAAUGAGUUCCAGGCGGACGUUGUGGUGCCCAUCGUCAACUUUAUGUACACAGGCACGCUGGAGUUCGAGUUGAAGAUGUACGGCAAGCUGUUGCGCACCGCCAAGGAAAUGAAUAUGACCGUUCUGCUGAAGCUUCUUGAGGCACAUCGGCGGACCAUGGAGAACGUGAAUCGCCAACAAAGGCCGCCCAGUCCAAAGGGCAUCCGCCGACGCGUCGUUGGACAGACCAAUUCGGGAACUCCACAGCAGCGUGUUAUGGGAACAUCGCCACAGGGCCGUGGGAUGACCAAUGUGGGAACAACCCCUCUGCGACCCAACACUCAGCGGGGGCCCAUAGGCAACUCCAUGAUUCGAAGCGUCAACACCAUCGUUAAGCAGGAGACCUCUCCAUUCGAGCAGCUCCGCAAGGGAUACAAUAACAACAAGCGACCGGCACAGACCAGCCUGCUAUCGCCGCCCUCGAAGAAGCCUAGUUUGGAGGAGGUCAAGGAGUUUGCAGAACAACAACGGAUGCGCAAACAAAUAGCUGCAGAGUUUGGAGAUCACGACCCCGAGUAUGACAGCGGCAUGCUUUACGACGAUGUCCAUGCAGGGGACGAUGACGACGACGAUAUGCCACCUCAGCCCUCUACGUCCAAACAGCAGCAGUUGACAGCAUCACCGCAGGGCACACAGACUCAGCUGGAGCACGGCUCCACCACAAUAAUCCUAAAGCAGGACUCACCCAGCCAGACGCCCACGAUAAUUGUGAAGGAUUCUUCAAAUGCCAAGCUGAAUCACACCAAGAUCAUUGCUGAAGUGCUCCGCCAGUAUCCGCAUAUAGUCAAGGGUCACAAGAACAUCAAGCUGAAGAUAAUGCCCAAUACACCAGCCACACCCGCUGAGAAGUCUCCAGCGCAAGUUAAACGUGGAUCCCCGGUGCAAACCGGCUCGAAUCCACCAUCGUCAUCAACAUCGCCGCAUAAGAAGCUGCAUGUGUCAUUUAAGGCAGACAAGACGACGCCUCUGAUCACUGCCCAGCAGAAGGCCGCGAGUUCUCAGCAGAAAACGAAUACAAACACGCAGUCUUCAGGCGGCUCCCAGGCAGCAGCGCCGAACCAAGCUGGAAAUGCAGGCUCACAACAGAAGCGACGCAUCGACAGCAAGACAAUGCACGCCUUAAUUGCCCAAGGAGCGGAGAAUACCACUGGUCCAUGGCUUUGUCUGAGAUGCGGUGUCAAUGGACGUCCCAUCAGCAUUCCGUCGUAUCGAGGCUUCCGACGCCAUCUAAUCAAUACGCACAAGGAGACCAUCGAUCCUGCGCUCUGCGAACACUGCGGUUGGCGGUCGAGCAACAAUCGGGAACUGCACUUCCACAUGUACACAGAGCAUCAGGUCAAAUCGCUGCUGUACACCUUCGCCGAAUGCGCAUUGUGCAACCAGUCGUAUCUGACAAAGAGCGAGCUGGAGGCACACAUUAAUGAGGCGCACACGGAUGACAAUAAGCAGCAGUGCAUAUAUUGCAACAAGGUAUUCGAGCAGGAGCUUCAAUUGUACAGACACAUGAAGAGCUACCACAAGGAGCAGGCCCUAGAAGAUGGCAUUAUUGAUGAGACCGAUGAGGAGUUCCUUGGCUCACAGGACGAGGAGGAUGAAGGCGAGGAGGAACAAGAACCGGAGCAGACCGGCAAAGUACGCAUCCUUUCGGACAUCAGUCUACCGCCAACCACUAGUGCCAUUGCAGUGCAGCAAGCCGCCGACCAACAGCAGCUGCAGGAGCAGUUGGAGCAGGAACAAGAUCAGGUGCAGCAGCAAGAGGUGAAAUUUGUGGGAGCUGACGGCAAUGAGGUUGAGCUUACGGACGAGCAGCGCAAGGAAAUCCUAUCGCAGCUCAAUCAGCAACAAGCCGGUGCCGCCGCCGGCGGUGUUGUGAUGGUGCUCAGUGAGCCAGAAGCAGAGACCGCUAAGCAGGAGACUGAUGCCAAAUCCAUGGCUGGCACUGAGGAAGAGUACGACGACAGCCAAAUUUACAGUGAGCUGGCUGCCGCCGACUCUGUGGAGAGUAGCAAGAAGAGUGUCGCCGAUGAGAGCAAGGAGUCCAUGGAUAAUCUGGAAUGGGCCGAAAACUUAAUUGCCGAGUCCGAGGAGCAGAGCAAUAAGGAGCCAAAAUCGGAAAAGUCUCGCGAUGACAUUAGCGAAAAGCUUAAGGAGCUAACGGGUGAUUGGACCGAGGAUGAGAACGAUGAAGAAGCCGAUAAUAACAGGCCCGCUACAGCAGAGCUAGAAGGAGAACUUGCCGCGAAGCAGUCAGAACCAACAACCGGUGGUCAAAUCCACGAGGACGAAGAAGACGACAUUGACUUGGCCCUUAAGUCCCUUCACAAGGGACCUGAAGAUUCAUCUGCGACAAAGACUAACGAGGAAGCUGGCGAUGAAGCGGUAGAUUCGGCCGCUGGCAUAAAUAGUCAGCCCGAGCAAAUGGAAGUCGAUGUCCAAGAGACCAAAAAAGAUAAGAGUCCAGAGUCUGCCGUAGUCAGGAUAAAGAAAGAGGCCGAGUUGGAUGCCGAGGAAGAGGAAUUUAUCAAGGAGGAUCCGACCACAGUAGACCCCGAACCUGAGGCAGAGGUUGCUGAGGCAGAAUCAAGCGAAGCUGCAGCUGCCACCGAAGGCGAAGUUGAUGUUCACAUGGAGGCGGAGAAUAUACGCAAAGAACUUCUAGAGGAGUUGAUAGCAGAGUCCGAAAAGCCCCAUCAGGAGGAGGAGGAUGAGGAAAAGAAUGAGGCCCACUCUGAGCAGACAGCAACGACAGAGGUGUCCGCUCCUACAGCAAGAGCUACAAAAGAAGAAGAUCAUGAGCCUGCUGCCGAUCAUCCAGCUGAAAGUGAGGAACCGAAACAUCAAAAAAAGGUUGCCAAGAACGAAGAAGGUUCCAAGGCGUCGGACAAAAAGGAGAUCGUGGAAGAUAAGCCAAACAAAUGCGAUGAAGUAGCAAGCACAGACAAGGCGGCACUAGUUUCUACGACAGUAGCGGAAACUGAAGGAGCGGCGUCUGCCGCUGGAGGAGCGAGUGAAGCGGAAAAGGUCAAGAGUCUCAUUAGCGAGUGGGGGGACGACGAGGAGGAGGAGGAUGAGAAUGGUGUUAGUGCGGCAGCGAAGGAGGAGCUAUAAUUACUAGAUUUAUUUAUGUUCUAAGUUCGGCAGACGCAGACCAGUCAGCGCGGCACGAAUUUUCGGUUUCUAUUGUAAAUUAAAUUGUUAACGAGAAUUGAGUUGAAGAUAAGAUACCCAUAUGCACAGGCCUAAGUGUAUAAGAUCUAAUCUGCACAUCUCACGUAAUUGUAAAUCCAAUGCCCCUUUCCAUCCCAUUUAUGUUCGUAACUUGAAUGAAUGAUUAGAGACCAAUUCCACUCAGCCUUGCGCUAUUUAUGAGUGUCAGUUUAGUUCACCCCCAAGCAACACACCACCAACAGAGGAGCAAGCAACCAACAUUUCACAAUUAGGAAAACACCUUAUAAAUACAUAUAUGCAUAUUUAGUAUACAUAUAUACCGAUACAUACAUUUUAGUAGAUGUAUGUAGUUAUAUGGAUGUUGUUUUAAUUGGUUUAAAACAAAGAGUAAAAUAAACGCGGAUUAUUAAGUAACUGAUGAUGUUUUACGAUUGUAAUUAGUGACAUUAAACAAAACAUAACAAAGAAGAAGCCCCAUUUUUUGAUUACCGACCCGUAGCUUGUAAGAUUUAUUAUAUAUAAAACAAAAGAAGAAAUCAAUUACAAAUACACUGGAAAAAGCUAAAAAUAUA